AUGGAUUCGAUCGAUUUCGACAACGUGAAAGCAGAGAAAGCCAAGGCGCUGCGUCGUUACCACAGUUUCCAGAGCAUCGGUUUCCUCUUCCGCGUGGCGGAGAUCUGCGUCGCUCUUCUCUUCGCCUGUUGGAUUUUCACUUGCCUUCCUUUCGCCGUUCGAAUCUCCGGCGAGUUUCUCCGUCGUCUCGCCUGCGUCGUUUCCACUCCUCUCUUCAUGUUCGUCCUCGGAAACUCCAUCGUCGUCGCUCUUCUCACUACCAAGUCCACCGUCUUCUCCGCCGGCCGCACAAUCGACGACGGCGGAGAUACGGAUAUCUACGAGGCGUUCAUCAGAUCCGGAGAGAAUCGCGCCAAUUCGUCCGACGGAGAUCUAACGGAAGAGAUCGUUGUCUUCGAUGACAAACAGAUGAUCGCCACUGAAACCGAUUCGAAUUCAAAUUCAAAUUCCGCGGUGGCGCGUGAAGACCACGUGAUAACCGAAACCGAGAAGGACUCAAAUUCGGUUACUGAAUCGGCGGAAGAUCAUCCUCUGAAGGUCUACCGAAGAAGCAAAUCGGAGAUUCCGGCGAAACAGAGUCCAGAGAUGGUGUUAAAACCUUCACUCCGGCGAUCGGAGACGGGGAAAUGCCGGAAAAUCGUUGAAUCGUGCGAGGAAGCUCCGUUUCCGGAGGAUACCAUGACAAACGAAGAGUUUCAGAAAACGAUCGAAGCAUUCAUCGCGAAACAGUUGAUAUUUCGCCGCCGAGAAUCUCUCGCCGUCGUUGUCCAUAAGCAGAUCUAA